AUGGUGGAGUUUUUUGAUUCUAACUUACUGGAAGUGUUCAGCUUGCAUGUUGCUUUAAAAACUGCGAAGAUAACAAAACCGCCAGCUCCUUGGCUCACGGAAAACUUCCAAAUAAUGAUAAAGUUGAAACAUAAAGCGCUGUAUAAAUAUAAGAAACAGAAAACCGAACAAAGCUGGAUUGAGUACAAGGAGUUGAGAAGUCUUAUAAAUAUUGCUGUUAAGUCAGAGAAAAAGGCUUUUUUACAACACAAGUUUCUUACGGAUCCAAAAAACUUCUGGCGUGUACUUAGAUAUCUUAAUGUGUAUUCCGGACCUUCAGUAAAUACAGAUGUCUCAAAUAUUGCGGAUGCUAAUGAACUUAAUCAAUACUUUUAUAAUGAUACCCGUCAAACAGACUUAAAUAACCAUUUCAUUAACCAGUUCUACAACAAUAACCCUUCAAAUCCAGAAAAACUCUCAUUUUCAAGUGUUAACUCUAAUGAAGUAGGAAUAAUAAUACAACAAAUUAGAACUCACGCAGUGGGACCUGAUGGGAUUGAUAGGAAGAUCAUAUUAUACGUUAUCCCCCAACUUUUGCCGCAUAUUACGUAUAUUAUUAAUAAGUGCUUGUCUACUAACAAAUUCCCUAAAUCCUGGAAAUACGCUAACGUCAUUCCUGUCCCUAAAACAUCUCAACCGCUUUAUGUUUCUCAAUUCCGACCUACUAGCAUUCUCCCUACUAUAUCUAAAGUGCUAGAAAAAGUUGGUGAGAAGCAGCUUGGAGAUUUUACAGCUCGACACAAUAUUCUACCCCCAACGCAAUCGGGCUUUGGUGCACAUUAUGGUACAAAUAUGGCUCUUUUAAAAGUUUGUGAUGAUAUAAUUCGGGCAAAUGAUGUAGGCCUGAAUACCUGCUUAAUAUUGCUUGAUUAUAGCAAGGCAUUUGACACCUUGGACCACGGCCUGCUCCUAGCUAAACUGAAAUACUAUGGUGUGGAGGCUCGUGCGUUGCAGUUUUUCAAAAGUUACUUUUCUGAUCGGUGUCAAAUUAAUACCGCCGUUAUUAAUAUAAACAGUGACCUCGUGCUCUCAAUGAUAUUUCUAGUAAGCAGCACGGUUUGUUACUUAACAAAAGUAAGACGCAACUCCUAA